CGCGGAGCCAUGGACGGCAGCGGGCCCUUCAGCUGCCCCAUCUGCCUGGAGCCGCUCCGGGAGCCGGUGACGCUGCCCUGCGGCCACAACUUCUGCCUGGCCUGCCUGGGCGCGCUCUGGCCGCACCGCAGCGCGGGCGGCACCGGCGGCCCCGGGGGCGCGGCGCGCUGCCCGCUGUGCCAGGAGCCCUUCCCCGACGGCCUGCAGCUCCGCAAGAACCACACGCUGUCCGAGCUGCUGCAGCUCCGCCAGGGCGCGGGGCCCGGACCCAUGUCUUCCCCGACCUCCGGCCCGGCCAGGAGCCCCACGCCGGAGCCCUCGGCUCCCAGCGCGCCGCCCCUCGCUCCGGAGCCGUCGGCUCCGUGCGCGCCCGAGCCGUGGGCGACGGGCGAGGAGCCGGUGCGCUGCGACGCGUGCCCCGAGGGCGCGGCCCGUCCCGCCGCGCGCUCCUGCCUGUCCUGCCUCGCCUCCUUCUGCGCGGCGCACCUGGGCCCGCACGAGCGCAGCCCCGCGCUGCGCGGGCACCGCCUGGUGCCGCCGCUCCGCCGGCUGGAGGAGAGCCUGUGCCCGCGCCACCUGCGGCCGCUCGAGCGCUACUGCCGCGCCGAGCGCCUGUGCCUGUGCCAGGCCUGCGCCGCCCAGGAGCACCGCGGCCACGAGCUCGUGCCGCUGGAGCAGGAGCGCGCGCUCCAGGAGACCGAGCAGCCCAAAGUCCUGAGUGCUGUGGACGACCGCAUGGAUGAACUGGGUGCCAGCAUCGCACAGUCCCGGCGCACGGUGGCCCUCAUCAAGAGUGCAGCUGUGGCCGAGCGGGAGAGGGUGAGCCAGCUGUUUGCCGAGGCUGCGGCGGCCCUGCAAGGCUUCCAGACAGAGCUGCUGGGCUUCAUCAAGGAGGGGGAGUCGGCCCUGCUGAGCCGAUCUCAGGGCGACCUGUGGCGGCAGGAGGAACAGCGCAACCGAUUAAGCCGGGCUCGCCACAACCUUAGUCAGGUCCCCGAAGCCGAUUCUGUCAGCUUCCUGCAGGAGUUCCUGGCCCUCCGGCUGGCUCUGGAGGAGGGGUGCGGCCCCGGGCCCGGCCCCCCCAGGGAGCUCAGUUUCACCAAGUCCUCCCAAGCCGUGCGCGCCGUGAGAGAUGCACUGGUCUCGGCCUGUGGCAGCCAGUGGGAGCAGCUGCGGGGGCUGGGCGGUGACGCGGACGGGCUGCAGAAGCUGGGCCCCGAAGCUGAUGUGGAGUCUCAGGACGCGGACAGCACAAAUCUCCUGGACAGCGAGGCUCCCAGGGACUAUUUCCUCAAGUUUGCCUACAUCGUGGAUCUGGACAGUGACACGGCAGACAAGUUCUUGCAGCUGUUUGGAACCAAAGGUGUCAAGAGGGUUCUGUGUCCCAUCAACUACCCCGAGUCCCCGACCCGCUUCACCCACUGCGAGCAAGUGCUGGGCGAGGGCGCCUUGGACCGAGGCACCUACUACUGGGAGGUGGAGAUUAUAGAGGGAUGGGUCAGUGUGGGGGUCAUGGCCGAAGGCUUCUCCCCUCAAGAGCCCUACGACCGGGGCCGUCUGGGCCGCAACGGCCACUCAUGCUGCCUCCAGUGGAAUGGACGUGGCUUUUCUGUGUGGUUCCACGGGCUGGAGGCCACCCUGCCUCACGCCUUCUCCCCCACCGUCGGGGUCUGCCUGGAGUACGCCGAUCGCGCCCUGGCCUUCUACGCCGUGCGUGACGGCAAGCUGAGCCUCCUCCGGAGGCUGAAGGCCUCCCGGCCCCGUCGGAGCGGCGCCCUGGCAUCUCCCACUGACCCCUUCCAGAGCCGUCUGGACAGCCACUUCGGGGAGCUCUUCAACCACAGGCUGAAGCCUGCCUUCUUCUUGGAGAGUGUAGAUGCCCAUCUGCAGAUUGGGCCCCUCAAAAAGUCCUGCAUAUCCGUGCUGAAGAGGAGGUGAUAGAGGGCUGCUGCUUCUGCCCUCGGGAGCUGGGGUCUCGCCUUGUCCCCCGAAGGCACCAGCCCCGGAGUCCACAUCCCCAGCCUUCUCACGUCUGCAGGCCUCCGCCUUUUGUAACUUGGCCUUCCAUUUUUCAGAGGAGGUCCCCAGUCCCCCAGCCCCUGCCCCCCUGCAGGACUUGUUUGGGGGAGAGAGCGCUUCAGCUUUUUGUUUGGGGGAGAGAGAGCGCUUCAGGUUUUCAGAACACUGCCUGGUAUCUA